ACGUUUGACUUUGCGCUGGUAGACGUACUGGCUCAUGGAUCUGGAUCUGAAUCUGCCCCGUCCAAUUGUACACGCGCAGCACACUACCUACUCUCUACUCCAGUCCCGUGAGUGUUUGUGCCGCGGUCCACGAACGAAAGCCCAGCCAAGCCAAGCCAACCAACCCCCGGCGGAUUGCCGACUGGAUUCCUCUCGUCCCCUACCAAUCCCCACCAGCGGAGCGGCCGCCGCCGGCGAGACUGGGGGCAUGGCGACGGCCUCCUCUUUCGCUGCUGUCUUCUUCAGCAGCGCCUUCGCCGCCUGCUUCGCUGAGCCAAAGUGUGCCUUCAGCUGCAAAGGAAGACACCAUCACUGCCAUCGCCACUUGCGUCUGCAGCCGCAGGUGGAGGAACGUUGGCCACAAUCCUGUGCAUCGCCAGGGAGGAAGGGGUGGCCGCGCUCUGGAAGGGCAUCAUCCCUGGCCUUCACCGCCAGUUCCUGUACGGCGGCCUCCGCAUCGGCUUCGAAACUUCCCUCUCUUCCUUUGCAGGUGAAAGCUUUCUUUGUGGGGGGUACUGCUGUGACUGAUGUCAGUUUACUAAGCAAGAUUCUUGCUGCUCUUACCACUGGUGUCAUAGCAAUUGUUGUGGCAAAUCCAACUGAUCUUGUUAAAGUUAGAUUGCAAGCUGAUGGAAAGGCUAACACUGUCAAGAGGAACUAUUCUGGAGCCCUUAAUGCGUAUGCUACAAUAAUCAGACAGGAAGGCAUUGGAGCUUUGUGGACUGGCCUUGGUCCAAAUGUUGCACGCAAUGCCAUAAUUAAUGCUGCUGAGUUGGCCAGCUAUGACCAAUUUAAACAGAUGUUUCUAAAACUUCCUGGGUUUACUGAUAACGUUUUUACCCAUCUUUUAGCUGGACUUGGUGCUGGGUUUUUUGCUGUUUGCAUUGGCUCUCCAGUGGAUGUGGUGAAAUCAAGAAUGAUGGGUGAUUCGACGUACAGAAGUACACUUGAUUGUUUUGCCAAGACAUUAAAGAAUGAUGGACCUGGUGCUUUCUACAAGGGGUUCAUUGCAAACUUUUGUCGAAUUGGGUCAUGGAAUGUGAUAAUGUUCCUAACUCUGGAGCAGGUAAGAAGAUUGUUUCUGUAAGGUUGACUCCAGCACACACUGCGAGUAGGAGUUGCGUGGACAAGCGAAUGGUGACAUAUAUGGUGGGCAUAUAUACAUGCAUGGUUGCAUGAUUAAGGAAAAAGCUACAGAAAUUAAGCAGUCAUGCCAUACUGCCAGAUCUGCCUGUCAGUUAGAUUGCAUAGGACAAUACGCUCUCAUGUUUAUUUUGAUUAUUACAAGUUGUAAUCUCCUAUCACAGAUCGAUUAGGGAACCACUCCGUGUCGGUAUAUUGUAGAGAACAACAGACAAUUACAUGUUUUAUGAAGUUUACACCCAUUCA